ACAAAUGAACUGAUUUCAUUUGUAUUCCACUUCUUUAUCUUUUUCUCGUCAGAUUGAAUCCCUCAGCCAUGUCAAUGGGGUACGGAGAACUGGAGGCAAGCAACGAUAAGCAGAAUGUAUCUAAAGUACAGAGGAAGUCCAUCUCUUUGAAGCUCAAACGAGACUCUCAUGAUGAAACUAGCAAUCCGCUUCCGGUGGAGAAGACUGAAGAAAUGAAAAAUCAAGCAGAAAGCUUGACCUGGAAUUUUAAGGUGAAGCUAGCUGGAGAGAAGAAGAAAAAUAAGGAAAAUUUAUUGAAUUUCUGUGAAAAGUGUAAACGACCUAUCCUCAUCCACGGAAGACUGAUCCCGUGCAAACAUUUUCUAUGUCUGAAUUGUGCUCAGAAAGGAACACGUAACUGCUUCAAGUGUGAUACUCCCAUCAAAGGAAUCCAGCCGGUCCCUAAAAUCUACGUCUGCGCACACGAAGGCACCCGUCACAGUCUCAACGGUUGUCGCAAAUCAUACCUUAACUUUGUCGGACUUGAUCAACACCAAAAACUAAGACACAGCGGUGACGACGGUAUGGCAGUGGAUCAGAAUGUGGACAGUGAUGGAGAACUGAGCGUGAACAAGCAGCAUUCCACCCCGGCCCCCACCACUCCUGCCCCCACUGCUCCUGCUCCUGCUGCAGCCCCUCAACCUCAACCCCAGCAACAAGUCCAGGUUUCGGCUGCCCCGCCCCAGUUUAACCUGGCUGCUGCUCUUCAACCUACCAGCAUCGCCUCCCUCCCGCCGGGCACGAUGCUGCCUGGUUCUCACCAGGUGGCUGCUGCUGCUGCUGCUGCCGCUGUCGCUCUCAGCAGACCCGGCAUGUUCUCCCAGAUCAUGCAGCCUCCAAGUGUUGCUCAUCCAGUGAUGACCAACUCAACAAGACUAACUUUUGCAAAUCCAGCCACACGGCCCACUGCUGUUCUUAUCUUUCCUCGGCCUCAGCUGGCAGUCACAUCCAUGACACCACUUCUUGUCCCUCCACGAGGACUUGGAGCACCACAGAUGCUCUCUCUACCUGGCAUGCUUCCUCAGCCUUCUGGCAUGAUGCCAAUGCCUCCCAGUCAGUUCCAGACAGUGCCUCAACUCCUCAGUGCAACAACUCAGCAACAAGUUCCACCCCAACACGUGCCCGUACCUCAACACGUGCCCGUACCUCAGCCUGUCCAACCUGAACCUCGCACCCGACCGCAACUCCCCACCCCUCCCUCCAUGCCAAUGCCUGAGCAAAUGCGGGAGAAAGGUCCAACAAUACGGGACACUCCCCCUCCUGUCCGCGAGUAUACGCCUCCAGUUCGGACUGAAUUGCCCGGGCAGCUUAGAGAGGCGCACCCUCAACACUACAGUCCUUCCCAUGAUGCGCCUCCUCCUCCUCCACCUAGAAACUUGAGACCUGAUCAGCGGCCCUCCCAUGACCCAAGGGAACAAAACUCACAUGACCCCCGGAGAAAUAGUGACCCGAGAGAGCCGACAGAGUUUAGAGGUUUUAACCGAGAAAAUUCUUAUCCUAGCCAUGAGUAUGACCAAGUUCCAAGAGACCCAAGAAAGGCUAGAGACAUCCCACCCCCGCCUCCCCCUAGAAACGGAGCUAUGAGAUAAUAUAUUGAGGUGGACUUUAUAGUUUCCUGAUAGUUAUUUUAUUGAUAUAAAUCCUAUUUUUACUGUUUCAGUUUAUCAGAUUUGGAAUGUUUUGAAACUAAGUCAACUUCAAGGGAAUCUAGAUGUGCACAUGUUCUGUUUUUAUGAGAUUCUUUUGAUUGAUUCAAACGUUUUGCUAGACAAUCGGCGAUUACAUGCAGAAAAGGUUAAAAACUAAGGCCAAGAAUGUUUCAAGAUAUGUUGAUCUUAAAAUUCAAGGUAACACAGUUACAUGGAAGUCGAAUAGAUUUGAAUCAGAAACAUCGUUAGAAAUCUUGCUCGUGCUUGUGACGUCGAUGUAUUUGUCUCUGCUGUACGUUUCCGAUAAUCGAUUUCCUCAAUUCUCGAAUUUCAUUUUUUGGCAUGAGCUUAUUAUUUAAUUCUGGGAAUUAUAUGGCAAUAAAAUAGGACAUACUAGUACUACUAUACAGUUACUUAUGCUGUUAAAAAUUCUCUUCAAAUUUAUUUUCAGUCGAUAAAAGAUUACAGACAACCGAUUCGUGAUCCCGAUCUUAAUUUUUGGAAAUUUAAAAUCUUUGAAAAAAUACUUUAAAUCGACGUUCGAGGUAGCUAAACCGUCCAAUUGCAGAUCUGAGAAUGGAUGUAUUUAAGUGAGCUUUGACCGCUUAUCUACUAGCUAUUGCGAGGAAGUCACAUUCCUCUCAUAUUGAUUAGAGCUCCCAGUCCCAACUAUUUCAUAUUUCAAUUUGAGGGACGAUUUUCGCAUUUUGACUUGACGCUGCAACUCCUUUUGAUCGCGCGAUCAAAAGGGGUUGAAGCGUGUGUCAACCAAAGGAUGAAAUGCACGGCUAUGUAGCUUCUCUGGGAGAGAGCGAUUAUAUGUGAUCGACUCCUAAUAUGAUAUGUGGUGCGAUUCGGAAUCACAGUUCAAAAUCAAGUUGAUAUGUGAUAUCAUUAUUGAUUAUGAUAUUUCGAAUAUUAAAUGUACGG